CAAGCACUGAAGUCGAGGGUUGUCUUCACCCUUUCGAAGAAAGUAAACGGAAAAGCAAUCCAAUGAUGAAAAGUGGAUGUUUUAUACGGUUUUAACGUUAAAUGACAUGCAGAAUGCGACAGCGCCAUCUGAUUAGCGGCUUUACAGAGGUUGGUUCGUAAGUACGGGCGUUCGUAAGUCGGGCGUUCGUAACCUGAGGACUUCCUGUAUAUUCAAGGCAGAGAUUGACUAAUUGGACCUUACGGGAAUCAAGGGAAAGUGGUGCUGAAGCAAAUAAUCGACUGUGAUCUUAUUGAUUGUGAAGAAAAACUCGCGUAUAAUCAAAGAUCACACCAGGGAGCAGGCGGUGGUCCCCAGAAUAUCAAAAUAUUGACAGAAUUUGAAAAUGAUAUGAUAGUUAUGUUUGGAAAAAAGAGCCUUGAAGGUCUUCAACCUGUGGAUGUCGGUACUAUGCCAAGAAACAUUAUACAAAGAGAGCAAAGUGGAUUGCAUAUUCUGUCAGGGGAAGAGCGACAGCCAUCUGAAUGUCAAUUAUCAAACCUACAUGAAGCAGGAACCAGCACAGAAACAUCUCUGGUUGGAGGUAUAAAGACUGAGAAUCAGGGAACACCAAGUGAAUCACUGAGCACUAGUGAAGAAUGGGAGGAAGUGGUGGUGGGUGAUGAAGGAACAAUGGUUGAAUCAUGGAGACCCAGCAUCAUAGUUGCCCCUACUUGCCUGGAUGCAGUUACAGAUCUCAAUGGACCUGCUUUCAAACGGAGGUUGUUAGAACAUGGGAUUCGUGUUGAGCAGUCACUUGCCUUCAUGCAUACUGCUUUAGAAGAUGGUAUGGUUAGACUGGACCAACGGUUGGCAUCACCGGUAGCAUCUGCAGUUGAAACUUCACUUAUGCAAUCUAUAGGCACAGUGGGAGCAUCUUUUAUGAAUGCUCACUGUAUUGGUAUGGAAGUUUUGGGAUCAAAACUUACAGAAGCAGUAGUGGCUGGUUUUGGUUCACUGGGAGAACAAUUACAUUUAUCCAUGGCAGAGGGAUUCAGAAAUCUAAUUGAAGCACAGUGCUCUACAUUCACACAGGUCAUUGCCUAUUGUGAGGAAGUGCCCUCUGACGGUGGCAUUAAUGCAGUACAGCCAGUUGAUACUCGCACACCAAUUUAUCACCACACAUCUCUGCACCAGAAACACAAGGUAAUUUGACGAAAGGAAAAUACACCCAUUUAUGGUACAUUUAAUUUAAAAACUAACUUUUGGUUCAUUGGUUGUAGAGAUCAUCCUUUUCCCUUGUAUAUCAACCUCAAAUAGAGUACAACUUUUAUAACUGUUGUUUCCAAGCCCAAUUAACGUUGUUGUGAAGUUACAGGAUGUUCCCAAUAGGCAGGAUAAUAUUGUGAGAUUUAACAUAUGUAUUAAUCAAAUGCAAAAGGGAUGAAAAUCACAGUGUUAAUGUCAAGAAGCAUUCACCACAUAUAAAUGCUGCUUAAUUCAGGAGGAUGUAUAUUUAAUUCUAAAUUACCACUUGAGUAUUUCUUUCUGACACUGAAUUGUAGUAAUCUAGUUUAAGUUCUGUAGUGCCAUUGCCAAUUGUUUACUAGAAUUAACCAUGGCCUUUAUAAGGCAAUCAUUCACUCUCUGUUAAAUAUAAAUGAUUCAGUAAAAAAAUAACUAAACUUCAUAUAGACUACAGCUCAAACUUAAAGUUGAGAACCAACUAAAACUUGGAAAAAAUGUUUGAGGCAGGGGAGGGAAUAAAAACUUUGAAGUAUUGAUUCAUAACAGUAAAAAGGCUACUCUGCAAAUGUUACAGUUUUAAUGGUUUAAUUUUUAAUCUUUUGUGAAUUGCUCUAAGUACACUUUGUUAAGACUGUAAUGUUAUCCUAAUACUUGUAAAUGUAACUUUAUAAAUGCAGGUUGAAACUCUGUGUUAGGGCAACUCCCAUGGUCCAGCAUGUUUUGAAUUUGUAAUACAGAUCUGUACUAAUAAAUGAGUUCUAACUGAAAUCUAAAAUCAACUAAGAUGUAUACUAAUAUGUAGCAAAUUAACCCAUCAAGCAGUGCAACUUUUACAAUCUCAGCCAAAAGCAAUUCUGACUUGUGGAAACUUCGGGUUGCAGACAUUUCUUGGAAUCCUCCAGGUUCCAUUUCCCACGACUGUCCUAUCAUACUUAAGUAGAACAGUUCUGCUUUGAGGAAGAUGAUCAGAGGGCAAUUUUAUGUUCCAGCACCAGUCAGGUCUCAAGGGUGCUGGGCAAGUUUCAACCUGUAUUGCAGUAGUUUUUAUCUAUAUAGUUCUGGUCUUGUGUUUGUAUAUUCUUCCAUUUCAAGGAGAUUGAAGAUUUGGAAUUAAUUUACUCCAAUGAAUCUCUGCUGGCUGCAAGUAGAGCAAUCCUGUCAGUUCCAAUCUUUCCUCAUAUCCUGCCUGUAUCCAACUCCCUUUUAAAGGCAUGGAUUGACUGUUUCCUUAAAGUUAUGAAUUGCAGAUUCUAAUGACUGAGUAAAGAUUGUCCUCAUAUCCCCCUUGCAACUUUGCCACAGAAGUUAAAUCAGUGUCCCCUGUCCCUUGAUUCAUUUGCUAAUGAGAACAGCUUCCCUAUGUUAAUGCUAUAUUAACAAGUCUUGAUCUUGUACAUCUCCAUCAAAUCACCUCUUACCCUCCUUUGCUCCUAGCAUGGCAUCUGAUUCUGCCUAGUAUAAUUUACAGUUUACUGCAUUUAGGCCAGUUCACAUUAGGGUUGCAGAUCAAUGCAAUGGCAAAAUACUUUCUGAAAGGGAUGUGAAAGACACUGUAUAUAUGCAGUCUUUUUAAUCUGAAGCCACGUGCAGCCUUCCUGUACGUUACAAUCAAAAAUGUGCCCAGUCAAGAUACAAAGUAAUGCAAGAACCCACUGAUGCAGGAACAAAUAAUAGGUCUUGAAGAGAGC